UUAAAAUUAAGUGGCGUUUUGUGGAACGUUUAUUUGUCUUCGACCUGCUAUUGUCGGGAGCAUUUUGAGGUAGAACCAGAUGCACUUCCGGUUGUCAUUCAGCCAGAUCACAGACGUUUAAACGUUUGACUCUUCGUCUCAGCUCUUACCUGAUAGAGCUGAUCACUAGGGCAAGACACCAUGACACUUUUUCACUUUGGAAACUGCAUUGCUCUGGCAUAUUUUCCUUACUUCAUAACAUACAAAUGCAGUGGACUUUCAGAGUACAACGCCUUCUGGAGAUGUGUCCAAGCAGGUGCAACCUACCUGUUUGUACAGCUCUGUAAGAUGCUGUUCUUGGCAACUUUUUUCCCUACAUGGGAAGGAGGAGCAGGAGUUUAUGAUUUUGUAGGGGAGUUCAUGAAGGCGACAGUAGACCUGGCAGAUCUUUUGGGCCUUCAUCUUGUCAUGUCUCGUAAUGCAGGUAAAGGAGAGUACAAGAUCAUGGUGGCUGCCAUGGGAUGGGCAACAGCAGAACUUGUCAUGUCCAGGUGUCUUCCGCUGUGGGUGGGAGCCAGAGGGAUUGAGUUUGACUGGAAAUACGUCCAGAUGAGCUUUGACUCAAACAUCAGUUUGGUCCAUUACAUUGCUAUGGCUGCUGUCGUGUGGAUGUUCACACGAUAUGAUCUUCCUAAAAGCUUCAGACUGCCGGUCACUGUGCUGUUGGCCCUUUGUGUUUACAAGGCCUUUCUUAUGGAGUUGUUUGUCCACGUCUUCCUCUUGGGCAGUUGGACAGUUCUGCUGGUCAAAGCUGUGUUGACUGGCGCCAUCUCUCUCUGCUCUCUCUUUCUUUUCGUCACUCUGGUCCACAGCAACUAACUAGAACACAACAGUCUUGGGGAAGCCUUGAAGCAGUCUUAAAGGUCCAGAGUUGACCUGGAGUGGUCAUGGACCAGAACGUGACCUCUGACACUAUAUUAAUCUUUGUUACAUCAUACA